CCGCCGCCGCCGCCGCCGCCGCCGCCGCCGCCGCUUCCGUCUCGCUCGCUCGCGCAGCGGCGGCAGCAGAGGUCGCGCACAGAUGCGGGUUAGACUGGCGGGGGGAGGAGGCGGAGGAGGGAAGGAAGCUGCAUGCAUGAGACCCACAGACUCUUGCAAGCCGGAUGCCCUCUGUGGAUGAAAGAUGUAUCAUGGAAUGAACCCGAGCAAUGGAGAUGGAUUUCUAGAGCAGCAGCAGCCUCAGUCCCCCCAGAGACUCUUGGCCGUGAUCCUGUGGUUUCACCUGGCGCUGUGCUUCGGCCCUGCACAGCUCACGGGCGGGUUCGAUGACCUUCAGGUGUGUGCUGACCCAGGCGUCCCUGAGAAUGGCUUCAGGACGCCCAGCGGAGGGGUUUUCUUUGAAAGCUCCGUCACCCGAUUUCACUGCCAAGAUGGAUUCAAGCUGAAGGGCUCUACAAAGAGACUGUGUAUGAAACAUCUGAACGGAACCCUAGGCUGGAUCCCAAGUGAUAAACCCGUCUGUGUGCAGGAAGAUUGCCGCAUUCCACAAAUUGAAGAUGCCGAGAUUCAUAACAAGACAUACAGACAUGGAGAUAAAUUAAUCAUCACGUGUCACGAAGGAUUCAAGAUCCGGUACCCUGACCUGUACAACAUGGCUUCAUUAUGUCGUGAUGACGGAACGUGGGACCAUCUGCCCAUCUGUCAAGGCUGCCUGAGACCGCUUGCCUCUUCUAAUGGCUAUGUGAACAUCUCCGAGUUCCAGACCUCCUUCCCAGUGGGAACUGUGAUCUCCUAUCACUGCUUUCCUGGAUUCAAACUCGAGGGGUCGGAGUAUCUCGAGUGCUUACACAACCUUAUCUGGUCGUCCAGCCCACCCCGGUGCCUUGCUCUGGAAGUCUGUCCGCUACCUCCCAUGGUGAGUCACGGAGAUUUCAUCUGCCACCCGCGGCCAUGUGAGCGCUACAACCACGGAACCGUGGUGGAGUUCUACUGCGAUCCCGGCUACAGCCUCACCAGUGAUUACAAAUACAUCACCUGCCAGUACGGGGAGUGGUUUCCUUCCUAUCAAGUCUACUGCAUCAAGUCAGAGCAAACGUGGCCCAGCACCCACGAGACCCUCCUGACCACGUGGAAGAUCGUGGCGUUCACGGCGACCAGCGUGCUGCUACUGCUGUUGCUUGUCAUCCUGGCCAGGAUGUUCCAGACCAAGUUCAAGGCCCACUUUCCCCCCAGGGGGCCUCCCAGGAGUUCCAGCAGCGAGCCCGACUUCGUGGUGGUAGACGGCGUGCCCGUCAUGCUCCCGUCCUAUGACGAGGCUGUGAGUGGCGGCUUGAGUGCCUUAGCCCCAGGGUACCUGUCCUCCGUGGGCCAGGGCUGCCCCUUACCCGUGGACGACCAGAGCCCCCCAGCAUACCCCGGCUCAGGGGACACGGACACGGGCCCGGGGGAGUCAGGAACCCGUGACAGCGUCUCAGGCUCUUCGGAGCUGCUCCAGAGUUUGUAUUCACCUCCCACGUGCCAAGGGGGCACCCGCCCCGCUUCCGACAACCCUGACACAGCUCCCAGCACGGCGGGGGAGGUGGCAUCCACCAGCCCAGGCAUUGACAUUGCAGAUGAGAUCCCUCUAAUGGAAGAAGAUCCAUAACUGGAAAAAGUCCCGAUGAUUCUGCUGCCCCUUUGGGGAUGGGCACCUUGUACUUUGGAGUGAGGCCUCUGGAGGACAGAGCUUGGGGGGGAUGGAGGAAGUUUUCUAAUUUAUCAACAUGGGGACAGUGACACAUCGUACAUCUCGGACUCAACAGUGGCAGUGGCAGUGCUUUUAAAUGAAACUUGAGGAUUUGCCAAGACCGGUGAGGAACAAAAAGGAUGGGGGGAGACCCUGUGUGGUCCUGGAUGAAGGUGUUAAGUGCAUCUUGUGCUGCGGAACAUGGGACAGACGGUUCCAAGCGUAUCCCACCAAAUCCCACAUCCCGCUGACUUACGAUUACUACCCGUCUCCUCUGAAAGCAUGCCACAUUAUGUAAAUCGCUUCUAAAAUCUGCUUCCAACUGUCUCUGGACGCCAAAUGAGGAUGCAUCAGACUCUGCAGGAAGUCUGUGUUGAGCUGCUGGAAGAGUAGCAGAGCGCCCCCUGCAGGCUCCCCAAGGAAGAUUCUGGGGUGUCCUUUGGACAGUCUUCCUUGGGCUGGACAACUCUGCUCAAGGCAAGACUAAAGCGGGAUGUGGCGGUUCCACUGAGAAAGGAAAAGAAAGACUCAGACAGACUCGGCUUGCUGGAAAUUUCUUCAGAAAGUAGAGCUCCUGUCCUCCGUGCUGUCCUUUGGUGAAGUAUCAUCAGUAUUUGUAUUCAUGGUCUAGCGCACGGAUCCAUGGCAUUGCCUAAAUCUUGUGACUUUACACAUGGUCAGAGUGUGUUCAAAUAGCAUCUCAUGGUGGAGAAGUAACCAAGGUAAUGUUUUGUUUUGGCUUUUUUUUUUUUUUUUUUUUUGCGUACGCGGGCCUCUCACUGUUGUGGCCUCUCCCGUUGCGGAGCACAGGCUCCGGACGCGCAGGCUCAGUGGCCAUGGCUCACGGGCCCAGCCGCUCCGCGGCACGUGGGAUCUUCGCGGACCGGGGCACGAACCCGUGUCCCCCGCAUCGGCGGGCGGACUCUCAACCACUGCGCCACCAGGGAAGCCCUGUUUCAGCAUUUUUAAAAGAUCCCACCUGACAAUUUAUCUGAGUCGUGAGCCCAUCUCCAGUUAACUAUUAGGGUUGUUGCCCUCGCUGCCAAACUCAGACAGAUUUAAUUUUCCAAAACAGAAAUUGUAUCUGAAAACAUAUUCCUCCCCCUCCAAAUAAAAUGUGAGGUUGGAUUUUUUCCCCCCCUUUAUUUUGUCCUGCGAAGUCCGCAGCCUCCGAAGACAGACAACCCUUCGCUCCUGCUUCCCAGGCCUCCGGCUGUCUCACCCACCUGUCCAUCCAUCAUUCGCACCGCACCCUCCCGGGGCCCACUGGGUGUCGUUCCUAAGAAAAUGAUUGAUAAAAACAUUUCCCAAGUCUUGAAGUGUCUCUUCGAAUACAUGUUGAUCUGUGGAGCUGAUUCCAUCUCUCCUCUGGGUUUUAGACAAAUACAAUCAAAACUCUGAUCCACAAAAUUGCUAUGCUGAUAGAGCGGUGAGGGCUGGAAGCUUGAUCAAAUCCUGUUUUUUCUCGACACAGACUGAUUAAAAAUUAAGAAGAAAAUGACAGUUUGAAGCGUGGCUGCAAUAGUGGAAUGGGUUUGGGUGGGCAGGGAGGGGCAGUGGCAGUGAUCCCAGGGGAUGGAGACAGCGGAGGACCAGAACCAGAGGCUGAAGGAGGGAGGGAACAGGAAAGGGCAUGCCCGGCCCGAUGCCCUGGGUAGCGGGGCCACCAGCAGCAACAGCUGAGCGAGUGGGUAAAGGUGUUUGGUAAUUGUAACAUUGUUUAGUGCCGGAAGCUGGUUUUCAUGGAUGCUUAAACUCCAUCUGGUCAGCUGAAAGACAGACAGCAUAGGUGGCUGGGUGGGACCGGGGUCCACAGUUCACUGUGGGCAGCCCACACCCUCCUGCCUCCUGCCCCCUGCUGCCAGCAGCCUUCCCGGGGUCCCUGUCGGGCAGGUCUCAGCUCUUCUCCACGCCACACCUGUCCUCCCCUCCUUCCCUCUAAAUGGACAGUGUGUCUCAGAGACCACCAGGUAAGUGCCUCAUUUCCCACCAAAGAAGCCUGCAAGGCUGUCUCUGGGGGCUGGCCUCGCCUCCUUCCAGAAAAUGCUCUCCCAAAGCAGAGAGCAGCAGCAUGUGAGCCGAGCACAGGGAUGCCUCUUCAGCCCCCCACACCUGGGAGACAGGUAGCACAGGUGCAACAUACAUCCAGGUGUUAGUGUCAACGUUGUUCUAAGCACAGAGGCUGGUAGGAUGGAAAUGCCUGCUCAAUGACAGAGUCAGACGAGGUCCAACCGAAUUACCAGGAUCCUCCCCUCAGUCCCUUUAGUGUCUGGCCACGUCAGAGUUUCAGUCACAAAUACUGUUUGCCAUGAUUUUUUUUUUU